UUAAGGAAAGAACCCCGAAAAAAGCAUAUUUUUUUAACGUUGUAAUUUGUAAUGCCAUUCGUACGUUUUAUUACAAACUUAGCGAGUAGUUGAAUUGUUUUUUAUUCGUUCUGAUCAUUUUGGACAUGGAUGCAAAGAAAGGCAGUCCCAAUGCGAGAAGGGCGAAGCGGAGUAGCAAGCAAAUAGAAGAAAACUACUGGGACUGCAGUGUCUGUACCUACAGAAAUAAUGCUGAAGCAUUCAAAUGUUCAAUGUGUGAUGUUCGCAAAGGAACUUCAACCAGGAAACCAAGGCUCAAUCCUCAAUUGGUACCUCAAGUGUUCAAUCCUUCCCUAGCUAACAAAAAUAGAAAAGAGAAAGAAUCUAAAGAGAGAGAUAAAUCUGAAAGAAAGUCAGAUGGAAACACUACCAGGAACAGUAAAGCCAGGCCACGGUUGAAAAAUGUUGACAGAAGUACUGCCAUGCACAAGGAAGUAACAGUGAACAAUGUGACUGUAGUCAUUACUGAAUUUCGGCCAAAAAUUAGCAGCAAGUCAACAUCCCCCAGCAAUCUGGAUUUGGAUGCUGGGCACACCACCAGUAGUUCUAGCAGCGCCAGCAAUCACGGCAACGAUCUUUCCCCCGCAGACCAGGGACAUUCAGACUGACCUGUCGCCGUUCAUGGUUAAUUUUUAAUUAUUAUUUUGCAUCCUGAGGUUUUGAACUAUAUUCUGUUUGCGCGCCGAAUUGAGCUCCCCCUCCCAAUCUUUUCUCAACUGCCAACAAGUAUAGAAUUUUAAAUAUCUGAAAGGAUGCAGUUUGACCCCAACCAAAUUUAGGUGAGAAGUAACUGGAGCAACUGAAGUCCAAACUGAAAACUCUACAAAUGAAAAGCCAAGAGGCAGUUGUUUAUAACUAUUCUGGAUAUAUUUUUUUUUCUUUCUAAAUACUGCAUUCGUAAUAUUCCAUUUACUGGAGACUAUUUUUGAGUGUUGGGGAUUGCUGUUCUGAUCGGAUCUCAGUACCAAAAUUCGCUUCCCUUUUCGGUUUAACCUACCUCAUCAGAACAGUGUGCUAAGAGGUGGGGGACGAUUUGGAGAAAAUUGAUGAUGUCUGUCGAAUGGAUGGUUUUCGUUUCGUGAUAAAUGUGCGCUCUCAUCCGUCUUUAUAAUUUCACCCUCAUCCACGACAAGUAAAUACACAGCUGUAUAAUUCGAU